UGAUUAGGACUAACACCUCUCUCUCUCUCUCUCACACACACACACACACACUCAUUCUCUCUCUCUAGUUUAUAAAUACAUGAUCACCAUCCUUAUAAUUAUACUACAAAAAGGGUAGGCUUGGAAGCAGUUGAUGAACCUGAGAUGAGCAAUAGUCCAUCACAUUGCAGUAGAUCCUGGUCCAUUAGUGAGGACUCACUAAGAAGGUAUGUGUUCUAUGCAAGUGAGAAUUGUAUUCAAGAGUUGUUAUCAGCAUCAGACUCCAACAGGUUUGGGAAUGACAAAGAUGGUUGGAAGGUUCUCACACUUGACAAUGGAGUAGAGAUAUCUAAGCGCAGGUCCGGAUCGUUUCACACCUUUCGUAGCCGCUGGCUGCUCAGAUCAGUCUCUCCCCAACAAUUCAUCACUGUGGCCACUGCCAUUGAUGCUGCAAAGCAAUGGGACUCUGAUUUGAUUGAAGCAAGGUACAUAAAAGACCUUGAAGACAAUCUCAGUAUCAUCAGCCUAAGGUUUGGAGAGAGCUCUAAGCCUCUUUUUAGGAACAGAGAGUUCAUUGUCUAUGAGCGACGUGAAACCAUGGAUGAUGGGACCUUGGUUGUAGCAGUAGCUUCAUUGCCAAAAGAGAUAGCAGCAGGAUUGCACCCGAAGCAAAACAACGCAAUCAGAGGACUGUUGCUGCAGUCUGGAUGGGUCAUUGAGAAGCUUGAAGAUGACUCUUGUAUGGUCACCUAUGUUGUUCAGUUGGACCCUGCAGGAUGGUUGCCCAAGUGCUUUGUGAAUAGGCUCAACACCAAACUGGUUAUGAUCAUUGAAAACCUUAGGAAACAAGCGCAAGCUUCUCCGACUAAAGAUGAUACUACAUGAUUAUCAAUUUGUUUUAAAAUGUGGAAAGGAAAACUAAGGAAUAUAUAUAUAUACUCCUUUUUGGUCAGGGCUAUAGCAUCAACCAUAAUCAUUUACUACUA